CCCGUCCGCGCCUCAUCCCGCGGCGUCUCGUCCUCGUCUCGCGCGUCAGUACUCAGCACUCGCCUCUCUGCUCGGACCCCCCGGUCGUCACGACUCUCGUUAUGUCGGGCGAGCACAAGACCGUAAUUAAAUACCCGUCGGAGUAUGUCAAACUGAACAUCGGCGGCUCGCUCCACUACACCACCAUAGGCACCCUGCAGAAACACGACACCAUGCUGCGCGCGAUGUUCAGCGGUCGCAUGGAAGUGCUCACCGACUCCGAAGGUUGGAUACUGAUCGAUCGGUGCGGCAAACAUUUCGGGACGAUCUUGAACUUCUUGCGAGACGGCUCGGUCCCGCUGCCGGAAAACACGAAGGAGAUGGCGGAGCUGCUCGCCGAAGCGAAAUACUACUGUAUCAGCGAGCUGGCCGAGUCCUGCGAGCAGGCGCUUCUUCGAAAAGAGCGCGAGGCGGAGCCGAUUUGCAGAGUACCUCUCAUAACCUCCCAGAAGGAGGAACAGUUACUCAUAAGCAAUACUACGAAACCUGUGGUCAAGCUGCUCAUUAAUAGGCAUAAUAACAAAUAUUCCUACACAAGUACAUCAGAUGACAAUCUAUUAAAAAACAUAGAAUUAUUCGACAAAAUGUCGCUCAGAUUCAGUGGCAGAGUGUUAUUUAUCAAAGAUGUUAUCGGCUCGAGCGAGAUCUGCUGUUGGACGUUUUACGGACAUGGUCGUAAGGUGGCGGAGGUCUGCUGCCACUCCAUCGUCUACACGACUGACAAGAAGCAUACAAAGGUUGAAUUCCCUGAGGCUCGGAUAUAUGAGGAAACGUUAAACAUUCUGUUGUACGAGCAUCGGAAUGGCCCGGAUCAAGAGUUAAUGCAGGCUACAUCGUCGCGCGGCGUAGUACCUUGUACGUCCGACGAAGAGGAGGGCGAGCGUUCAGGAUUGGCGCGCCUUCGCUCCAACAAACAGAACACCAACUGACCCAGUCUUGUUCUCCUCAAUCCACCGCAUACCGCGAUCCUCAGCGUCGUUCGCUCGUUCAAGACGCGAAUCAAUAUAAAAUGAAGACGAAACACCGAUGUAUACUAAACGCGAACGCUACGUAAUACUGGGUUAUCGCCUGCCAGUCGAAUCUUUUCCUUUUUCGUUUUUGGAAUACAUUUUGGAAUGCGAGGAAAACUUAACUUUGGCUAGACGACGAUCUGUCUCGCUACAUUUUCUCACAUCACAACACUCUAUUUUCGAACAUAAUCGCGUGCUUUAAUUGUUGAAUAGAUUUCUAAGAAAAAUGCGUCGUCCUAAUUAACAUCAAACAGAAUGACAAAUUUGUGUCUUUUUGAGUUCUCUUCGCCAUUCUUGCUAUACAAGCGUGUUUAUAAAUGUGUAUAAAUGUGCGACUAAGAAUGGCACUUUAUUGAUUUCCUCUUGAAAAUAACUAAAAGAAUGUAAAUGCUACGCGCUUAAUGAUUAUGUGCCAAAUUGUAAUUAAAUCCGCAACAGGAAUAAGUCCAAGUUGCCAUUCUGUGACUGAUAAAAUUAUUUAUAAACUUAUACUCUAUGACAACUUUUAAGCAGUCAUUUAGAUUAAACAAAUUGUUAUGAAAUAAUCUUUUUCAUAACAAUUUGUUUCUCUUUGUGCAAAACUAGGACUGCACUGUUACCUGUUAUAAGUAUUAUUAUUUUAUUAUCAUUGUCAUCAUCACUGUCAUUGUCAUCGUCAUUAUUAUUAAUUAUAAUAUAUUAAUUUGUCAAUUAUUAUUAUUAUUGCUUAUUAUUUUUGUCAUUAUCUGUAUCAUUAUGAUAAAUUUUUUCAUCGUGUUUAUGUUACUCUUUCUUACAAACUUACGUAAUUUAAUAUCUCAAUAAAUCAUAUAUAUUAUAUAUUUGAAACAUAUAUAUUGUGUUAUUUGAAUGUGCGUUUCUCAGCAAGUCCGGAAUUCUUAAACUGCUUAAAGGAUGAUGUGGAGUACAACACUGCCAGUAAAAUAAAAUUGAAGUUUAAUAUCAGUCAUAUAUAUAUAUAUAUAUAUAUAUAUAUAUAUAUAUAUAUAUAUAUAAUUUUCGGUGAAACGCGCAAUUUUGUUACUUCACUUGAAUUGUAAGUGUUAAACGUAUUAAAUAUUAAACGUAUUUCUCAGAAUUUUCGGAUUGAACGGAUGUGCAAUACAUAGUGCAAUAUAUCUGAUUUUGAAUAAACGAGCUUAUUUUGAAUUUUCUACUAACACGUCAUUCCAAAUAUAUUCUUUCACCGCGUAUUAAUUUUCUUUAUUGAUUUACACUUUCACUUAUAUGACAGAAUCGGAGCGAUAAUCGGAACCGAAGUGUUUUCGGAAGUCGAUGCGAAUGAUAUGAAUGAUAAUGAUCCGAUAUCUAUUGAUCGUAAGUACGAUGAUUAGGAAACAACAGUUUUUCAUUUUAUAAUAGAGGGUAAAUUUGCUCAAUUUUCGAAGGUGUUAGAUAAGUGAAAGUGGAGUGUAAACAACUACGGACUGUGAUUACACUGGCACAGUAUAUUAGUGUGUAAAUAUUAUUGUGUAUUUUAGUGUUGAGUAAAGAUGAGAGUUCCCCCAUAGUUAAUAAAGGGACCAUAUGUAUCGUGUUGGUGUACCUACGUCGUAGGAUACCUUUUCAUUCAUAUCUGUAAUACGUAUGUUAUAUAUUAAAUCGAAUAUAUCUAUGUUGAAUAAAAUUGAUUUGUAGAUU